AUGGUAAACUCACAAUCCUGGUUUAUUCAACAGCUCGAUAUUGUUGUUCUUGGAUACAUUUUGAGUCAAUCUGUAUCGGUGUUUGCGAUUCUACCAAAUGGUGUUCAUCUCAUCAAUGAUAGUGUUAAAUCUGUACCUGAGAAAUUUAAUGCACCAUUCGAUCAACAACGACUUCAACUACUAGCUGAUGCUGUUGAAAAAGUAGAAUAUGAAGAUCGAAAUCAACAACAUUCACCUCCCUCUUCCUUAUCAUCAACAGCAUCGAACGAUGAAAAUUAUCCACAAACUCCAAAAUCAAUAGAAUCUUUUACCGAUUUUUCAUCGAUAUCAUUACUUCAACCAGUACAACGUGAUAUUUUGCUAAAAUAUAUAACCGACAUUCUACAACAAAAACAUAAACAGCAACAACAAAUUGAUCUUCAAUCUUUAAUUCAGAAAUUUUGUACUAACUUUACUCCUCCAACAGAUGAAUAUCCAAUUGAUUUUUCAAAAACAAAACAAAAUGAAUCACAUUAUUCGGCGGAAUUAACAACAGAUGAAAGUUUAUCACCCUUAUCAUCAGUGAACAGUGUCGAUUCAUCGACAAAAACAAAUGUAUCUUCCACAUAUCCAUUUAUGGUAACAAAUAAAAAUGGAAAAUCAACACGACCAUUUAAAGCAUAUCCAAAAGAUCCUCUAUCUUUACCAAUUGGAUUUUAUUCACCUUUAAUUCAAUUGGGUAACAAUAUCACGUCGGAAAAUCUUUUAAAUGUUCUUCCAUCAUCCAUCGAUGAUUUUAGUCAACAAUUUCGUAAACGUAUUCAACAUGCUCAAGAAAGAAUAACACAACGUUUAACAGUCACACCCGAUUCUCCAACAAAACAAAAAGAAUUAAAUUUAAUUUCUAAUCUUGUUACAACAUCAUCUACUAUGCAAAUUGUACAACCACCAAAAAAACGUUAUCGAUCACAAACAUCACAAGAGCCACUUCAAGAACAAAUACAAAGUACCCGUAUUAACCUCGAUUCAUAUAGUGAUAUGUCUAAAGACGAUACUUAUCGAGAACGACGACGAAAAAAUAAUGAAGCAGCUAAACGAAGUCGAGAUGCAAGAAGAGCUAAAGAAGAUGAAAUUGCAAUUAGAGCUGCAUGGCUUGAACAAGAAAAUUUAAAAUUACGCGUUGAAAAUGUUCAGUUAAAAGAAGAAAAUUCUCAACUAAGAUAUCAAAUAUAUAAUACAACUAAUAAUAAUAGUAACUCUUAA